GCCCUCAACGGAGGCGACGGGGCCGGCAGCGAGGUCAGCGCUUGCCCGCGGGGAGCCAGGUGGGACAAGGCCCCGCAGCAGGCCGCUCUCAGGCCCGGCCGCCGCGCUGCAGGCCCGGCCUCUCCCAGCUCCGGCCGCGGCGUCCUCUGGGCCAUGUAGUCCCCGCAGCGAAGGGAGGACUACACUUCCCAUCACCGCCGCUGCGCUCGCUGGCAGCCGGCCGGGGGAAGGCCGCGGGGUGCCCCGGCCCCGGCCCCGUGCCAUGGCGGGGAGGCCCAGGCCGGGAGGCGAGCGGGGGCAGGCAGGAGGCCGGCGGGGAGCGGGGUUGCGGUGGUGGCCGCGGGAUUGCUGCAGCGGGCUGGGCGGCCUGGAUUACAGCGAGGUGGAUGUGACAGCCAUGGCGCGGCUCUUCAGCUAUGUGGAUAUGACUGAUUCUGGCUUCAUUGCAGCCGUCCUCUCUAUCGCCUUCAACCCAUUCUUCUGGAAUGUGGUAGCAAGAUGGGAGCACAAAACGCGGGCACUCAGCCGAGGCUUCGGCUCUCCACACACCGCCUGCUACUGCCUGGGCGCUGUUAUCCUGCUGCUCAACUGCGUGCGCAGCCACUGCUUCACAGAAGCCAUGAAGAGCCAGCCGAAGCUGGAGGGCUUGGACAGCCACUGGGCCUAUUACUCAGGCUUGGCCAUCAUGGCUGUAGGGACCUUGUUUGUCAUCUCCAGCUUCUUAGCACUGGGAUUCACCGGGACCUUCCUAGGGGAUUACUUUGGCAUCCUGAUGGAGGCGAAAGUGACCUGCUUCCCCUUCAGCAUCCUGGAUAACCCCAUGUACUGGGGCAGCACGGCCGUCUACCUGGGCUGGUCCCUCAUGCAUGCGAGCCCAGCUGGCCUUUUGCUGACAGCUGUAGUGGCAAUUUCCUACACAAUUGCAGUGCUGUACGAGGGGCCUUUCACAGAGGAAAUCUACCGUCAGAAACAGAAGGGAGCAAAGAGCAAUUAGUGACAGUGCAGUGCCUUGGACACCUCAGUGCAGCGUGCCCUGCGCUCCCCGUGCUGUCCGAUUUGCCCAUUUUCCUACAGAGAUGUUUCCUAGUAAUUAGCCCAGCAACCCCUAAUGAGCCAACUGAGCACCCUGCAGUCUUGGAAGCCAUCAGAGGAACAGUGUGAGCACGGCACGGAGCCAGAGAGCCCCGUUCAGCCCCCCGACCUGUCCUCCCACACUGACAGCUGAAGAUCUGCAGGGAUGAAGCAACCCAGCUCCAGUCCCGGCCUGAAGGGCAGAACAGCGAUGGAGGCACCAGGGGCCUUUUGGAAGCGAGGUCUGAGCAUGCAGCAGCACAGCAGCAGGUGAUCCUCUGUGCCCACGGCUGCUAAGGACGGGGUGCAUUGGAUGGCUGUUCCUCAGCGUUGGGCACUUUGUGCUUUUUGGACAGCACGUUGGACCUCGUUGCUCACUCUGCAGGCUGGACGUGGAAAGGAGGGCAGUGCACACUGAUUCUCUGUAGAAAACAGACACUGCCAAAGAGGCAUGGCUUGAUCAAAGCGGUGCCCAUGCAGUUCUCAAGCUGCAGGGGAAGGAAGAAGGGCAACCACUACAAAUCUGACCAUAAACCCCUCUGGAGCAGAGAGGCCUCCUCAUCCACCCCAGUGCUUUCCCACCACCGCAGAGCUCUGUAGCAUCUUUGUGCUAUUUGCAAAGGCUCCCAGACAGGGGACAGCAGGGCAUGCAGACAUAAAUGUCCCACCUAAACCACUGCCAGAGAGGACAGAGACAUGGCAGCUGACUCAUGGCAAAGCCCCAGCAUGGAGAAACCAGGCUGGGAGUGGAGAAGACCAAUGGAAAGAUUCAGUCCCCAUCAGCAGAGCGAGCAGUCCCCUGGUGCCAGUGCCCCACUGCCCCAUGGCUCUCUGUGUCCCAGGGACAAACCCCAUCCAGCCCCUCCAAGCCCAUGCAGCUCCUCCUUUCCCCACGGCCACACGAUGUCCUGCCCACCAUCCCACCACACAGUGCCUUGCCCUCACCAGCCGGGAUGAAACGCAGCCUGGGCUCAUCCCUGCUGCUGGAUCCGGCCCCAGAAAGAAGGUUCCAGGGCUGACGCCACAGCCCCACGCUCAGUGUUUACAGAUUCCCAGAACGGUUUGAGAAAUAAGCUAUAAAUGACCAAAAAAUCCCACCAAAAAACUAAAGGGAAGGGAGCAGUGAUGCUCCCGGCUCCCGCGGGGACGUGGGCUGAGUCUGUCCCGCGGUGACGCCGCGCUUCGUCCCAGCAUCACAACGUCCCCUCUGGAGAAGGUCCUCUCUUCUCGCAGCACGACGGCCCCAUUCCCUCCUGCUCGUGCCCGGCUGUAACUCACCCUUCCAGCAUUGCUCAACGGGAAUUAAAAGUGUCGGUUUCUUUCUCUUC